GCAUUACUGUAUGCUCGGCGAGAGCUAUUGUUCCAUUAUUCUUUGAGAAUCAUCUGUUCAGGUUCUCGAUAGGAAUACAUACUUCACAGAAACAGAUCGACAACACAAUCGUACGAGUCCUCAAGAUUAGUCAAAGCCGUGCCUGGUCUCUCAAUUACCCAGUACAUUCAAAACCGACCAUAUCGAAGAUAAAAACCGGACAAUUGUCAUCUCGCGACUGAAUCUUUCCUCAUCGCGUGAAUCGAAAAAGAGAAAGGAAACCCGAACACAGAAACCCCCAGGAGCCACCAUGGAACACGAAUAUUUCUCAUCCAACCCGCGACCAAAGGUCCUACACAAACAUUCCACCUUGGCCCGCGAAUUCAUCUCCCACCAUGCAUCUGAAUCCCGCCGUGUCGUCCUCGUCACAUCGGGUGGCACAACCGUACCCCUAGAGAACCAAAUGGUCCGCUUCGUCGACAACUUUUCCGCCGGCACCCGCGGCGCAACUUCAGCAGAAUAUUUCCUCGACCAUGGAUACGCCGUCAUCUUCCUGCACCGCCAGUUUUCCCUGUUGCCUUACUCACGUCACUAUUCACACAAUGUGAAUUGCUUCUUGGACUUCAUGGCCGAAAGCGCUGAUGGGAAGGUGGAAGUGGGGCAGGAAUACCAGGAUGAGAUGGUGGAAGUAUUGAGGAAGUACACGGAUGCCAGGAAGAGCAAUAAAUUGCUUUCCAUCCCAUUCGUCACGGUGAACGAUUACCUGUGGGAGUUGAGAGAGAUCGCUAUCUUGAUGCAGCCAUUGGGUGGAAAUGCGCUGUUUUAUCUUGCCGCUGCCGUGUCAGACUUCUUCAUCCCUAGCGAUCGCAUGGUGGAGCACAAGAUCCAGUCGUCCGAGGACUUCAAUAAGGAUAAUGCGGAAAGUGCUGAUGGGACCAAGACACCGGCUGCGAGGAUUGAGGGUCAGCGCUUGGUUAUUGGAUUGGAGCCGGUGCCUAAGUUCCUCAAGACGUUGGUCGAUGGAUGGGCACCAGAUGGCAUGAUUGUCAGUUUCAAACUUGAGACUGACCCGGCAAUCCUGGUCAAGAAGGCCGAGUACGCCUUGAACAAAUAUUCGCACCAUCUGGUCAUUGGAAAUCUGCUUUCGACACGCAAAUGGGAAGUCGUGUUUGUAUCCGCAGCUGGAGGCCAACAGUGGAUCCGCGUACCAAGAAGCAAACGCACACCCAGUAUUUCCGGCAAUGUCAAACAUGUCGGUCUGGCUUCAGGAGGCGACGCAGAGCAAGACGCAGAAGCAGUCUCAGGUCAACCUGCCGUCGAGAUCGAGUCCCUUAUCAUUCCAGAAGUCGCAAAGAUGCACGCUCAACACAUGUAUAGAAGAAAAUCGAAAUAGAAGGGAAAAUGCGCAAAAGCAAAUAGAAUUCUAACGAUACCCCUAUCAAAGUAUAUCAUGUCCAGUC